CAUCAAAUCCUCCAUCAACCACGCGGCAUGGCUUCCACCAACGGCCACCAAUAUCCCGACCACUUUCACCAGCUCGUCUCGUGGGCCGCGAAUAACAGCCCAAACCACACAAAUCAAAACAGCAACGGCAACGCGAUGGCCUAUCCUCCAACGCUGCAGGUGUCGGUCGACACGGAGCGCUUCAUCCAGACGCGCAAUGCUCUCACCAGCGCGUACAUCGGCCUGAGCAGCUCCAUCGACACCGCCAUCAAGGCCUACAUCGCCCACACCGACGUCGUGCUGCAAGGCGCCGGCAACUUCGACAUCAGCCAACUGCUUCUGCCCUUUCAAGGCGUCGCAGGCGCUGCUCAAGUCGCAGAGCAAGCUAUUCAGAAUGGCUUGAUCCAGCUCGCCGCCGCGCCCAUCGAUGCGAACGGCAAUCUGGUCGAUCCCAAGAAGCGAGAGAAGCGCCCAUACAAGCAACGCGACCCCAAUGCGCCCAAGCGACCACUCACCGCCUACUUCCGCUACUUGAAGGAGGUGCGCCCAUUCAUCGCGAAAGAGGUUGCUACAAACCCGCCCAGCGAUGGCACCAAGGCUGGCGACAUCAGCAAGAUCGCCACUGAAAGAUGGAGGACCAUGACUGAAGCUCAGCGCAAGCCAUAUCACGCUGCGUAUCAGAGCGAGCUGAGCGCGUACGAGGAGGCUACCAAGGCAUACAAAGCUGCAGGUGGCAAGGCUGAGGAUGUUGAAGAUGGAGAUGCAGAGGUGGAAUCUCCCUCUGCUCUGCCUGCGGAUGUGGUCGCCGCUGCAGAAGAUGAGAGCGACGACGAUUCCUCAUCCGACGACAGCUCUAGCAGUGAGGAGUCCGACGAGCAUGAGGAUGUCCCAGCCAAGCUGCCGACUCCUCCGCCACCGAAGGCUAAGACACCCAAAGCUGGACCAAAGAAAGUCAAGGCCGCUGCCGAUGCCACUCCUGCCGCCAACAUGGCUAUCGACCCGCAACUGACCUCGAGUGCUCCCAUCGCUCAAAUGACACCCUCCAGCUCCCUCGCAUUACCUCCAUCGCAACCUCAAGCGAGCUCGAAGAAGCGCAAGGCUGCAGCUGCGGUCGAGACGCCGGGCACUGCUGAGGGUGGCGAGAAGAAGAAGCGUGGCAAGUCGAGUAAGAAGGAUGAUGUGCUGGCUGAGCAAGCUGCUUCUGCUGCACAGCUACAAGUGCCUGAGUCGAGUCAAGCGGAAGCUGGCAGUGGAACCGAGAAGAAGAAGCGCAAGAAGAGGAAGAGCGAAGCAGCUGCGGCUUAGGAAGUCCAGCCUUCGGAACAUCUCUUUCUUCCGUAUCCAUCGACUUCAAAUGUGGGGACAUUUUGAAGGAACUCUGCAAUGAAGGUAGGGACGAGGAGCUAUGCGACCCGCGGUAGUGUAUGAUGGCGUCUUGCUGGAGGCGAACUGAGUUGCUUGAUCGAACGAAUGAGAGAUACCUGCUGAGCGCUUGCGAACUGCUACAUGCUGAUAACUGUACAAUGGAUGAUUACCUGUCUUGUAGCCCCAUACCCUCCGUCUGAUCACUGACAUGGGCGAUAUCGUACCUCUCAGCCCACCACUCAAAAUUGCACAGUCUGGCAAAAGGUGGUAUCAAAAUGCAAAAGACUACGAAACGGUAUUUGAAAAGCCAACGAGGAAAAGUAGCAAAACGACCGCCCUUGGUGUGUGGUUACGAC